AAUGGGUACCUGAGUUCUGCCGAUAUUCAAAAAUUUUGGCGCGCUUUCUCAGGAUGAUGGGUGGAUAUGAUUCCUUCUAUGAUGAUAGGCGGCGUGACGAUGAUUAUAACUACUACUACGAUGAAAGGAGUCGCAGUCCCCCCUAUCGUCCAGUGGAGUCACCGAGUUCCACUAUAAUGCUCAGAGGGCUGUCCAAUACCACUGUCGAGCGUGAUAUCCGACGUUCCUUGGACAACGAGCGUGCUCAAUACACAGAUGUUCGCCUUGUGAGGGAUAAGAAGAGUGGGCGGCUAAACGCCUUUAUCGACUUUAUUACCCUUUCUGAUGCUCGACAGUUCAUGAAGGAUUGCAGGGGUGAGUUGGAGGUGAGAAAAUGCUUGGUCCGUAUGUCCUACAGUAACCCUAAGGAAAGGAGAGAGGACGAAAAGUUUGAGGAACCUUCACCCACGAUUAUGCUCCGCGGCAUACCCUCCACCAUGGGGCACCGAGAUAUACGAGAAGUUCUCGAUGAUAACCGGGUCAAUUACGUCGACGUGAGGGUCAUCAAGGAUAAAAACACUGGUAUGACGAAGGGCUUCGGAUUUGUGGAUUUCGCCACGAUACAUGAGGCGAAGCGGUGGAUGGAUUUCCAAAAAGUAAUGGGACUCGCAUUGAACUUGUCGCGAACACGCAGGUUUCCCUUUAUGAACCUACUUGUUUCCUGCAUCCUAUCGGUCAUAUGGCUUGGAGUUUUUCUUGGGUCUUUCUGCUUUAGAGAUUUAGUUUUUUUCUUGCCUCUUUCGUUCCAGGGAUUGCUUCGAGUGCGUCGCUACGAACUUCGCUUGACAUACAGCGCACCACGCCUUCAGGACAUACUCGAUCAACCGAUUCCCCCGGCUAUUUUUGGCUCCUCCACCUUCAUGGGACGAUCUGCCUCAUUAUCGGAGGUGUCUACUGGAGAUUGGAUUUGCUCCAGGUGUUCCAGCCAUAACUUCCGGAGACGAGAGCAGUGCUACAAAUGCCAGUUGCCCAGAUCACAGGUCCAAUCAUUAACCAAUUCAGUUGAUGGCGUAGAUCUUAUUGGAACAACACCAUGCAACACCCUGGUACUCCGUUGUUUGGACGCUUUGACUACUGAGGAAGACAUUUGUAAGGUGUUUGAAGACACGGCUGACGUUAAGGUACGUCAGUGCCAUGUGAUGCGAGACGAAGUCACACAUACAUCCCGAUGUUUCGCGUUUGCUGAGUUGCCGACGGUUGCCGACGCUUACAAGGUUAUGGAUAUCGUCUCGAAGGAGUUCAAACUCUUUGAGAUUGGUGGGAAAGCGGUUACCGUUUCAUAUGCUAAAAACACUUUCAAUACCAUUAUGGCGACAUUAAAAACCGAAGGGUCGUACAACGCCCAGUUGAACAGCAGUCGCAAUCUGGCUGUCGAUCUGGCACACGCAGCAAUGGCCGCUCAGAAUAACAAUGCCGCUCCGGACACCGUUGCCAUGAAUGCAGUGGCUGCGUCUGCUCUUUUAAACCAGGGACUAACAAGCGGGCCAGCGGUAGCACACGCUGCCAUUCAACAAAAGCAAACAGAACAACAUGUGAUUUCUGCAUUGGCGAAAUCUUUGCGUUCGUCACAUGAUCAUCCUCAACCGAGUCCCUAUCCUUCCACCGUGGCCACUUUAGCCGCAACUGGUCAAUCCCUGCCUCCGCCAAGCUUCAUGUUUAACGCGGCCACGGCGGCCGUGACUGUAUUCCCGUUCCCGGAUACAACAAAGUACAUAUAUGACGAAUUCACUCGGUUCUAUUACGACCCAGUUACGGGUCUUCUUUACGAACCCAACUCCAAAUACUUCUACGACCGUGCCAGCCAGCGCUACUAUUAUUGGGACCAAACACGUAGCACUUACUUUCCCGUACCACAACCAGGUGCCGAACCGGCGGCGAAACAGGAAUCAGAUGCGAACGCGACACAGCCAGCGAAUAGCAGUGAAACGCAAGCUAGUAAUACUGAGGGUGGUGAACGUGUACGAUUGUCCAAAGGAAAAUCAGCACAGCAAAUCGCAAAAGAAAUGGAAAAAUGGGCCAAGCGCAUGAACGCCCAAAAGAAAACACCGAUUGCAGUGGCUCAGCGUAACGAAUCCCACAACUCAGAGGCAAGUCGAACAGCUGACACAGGUUUCGCAAUGCUCGAGGCUGCUACCACCUCCGUGGCAGCCGGUGAGAGUCGGCAACGUUCAGAGACUACGACUGGCGGUAGCAUUGCGCUCGCUCCGUAUGGUGCUGCGGAGGAUAGCGAUGAUUCUGGUCAUGGGGCUUCAGCUGCUAUUAAAAAGAAGGAGCUCAGUGAUGCCGAUUUAGAGGCAGAGGGGAAGGUGGCUGAGGAAGAAGCGAGGUUGUUGGAUUGGGCUAAACUGGCCUGUCUACUGUGCUCACGGGGAUUCAAAGAUGCAGCCACUCUUCAGAAGCACCGAGCCUUCUCUUCCCUGCACAUUGAAAAUUUGAAUAAGGUCAGGCUCAAGUACGGUCUUCGCGUCUUGCCGACUUCAACCUCAGACUCAUCUGCUUCCGGGUCAGGCAACACACUCACCAUAGCUUCUUUGAUGCAGAUUGGUGCCGAGACAGCUAAUGAUCAUGCCAAGUCUGUUGCUGCUCGACAGACUACUCAUAGACCUGGUCAGACAGGGUAUCGCGAUCGGGCUAAAGAGCGCAGGGAUCGUUACGGGCCACCGUCUCCACCUAGAAAAAUAUACAACGCUAGUCCCCAAACUGCUGUGCCUCCCCCUAUGUUACCGGACCCUACUCCAUCGAUGUUCACUGGCCCUCCUCCAAUGAUGCCUCCCCAACAACCUGGACCCAAUGUCGGGAGUCGUUUGAUGGAGAAAAUGGGUUGGCAAGCGGGCCAGGGUCUGGGCCGUGAGAAUCAAGGUCGCACUCAGAUAAUCGAAGCGGAAUUUCGCGAAGCGGGCGUUGGUUUAGGCAUCAAGUCCUCAAAACGCGGUCCACCUUCAGAUAACUACAAGGACAACGUGAAACGCGCCAUGUUCGCCCGGUUCCAUGAAAUCGAAUGACUCUAUCUCCCACUGUACAUAGGUGUAUUCUUUACUUCGUUUGUUUUAUCAAAACACUUCUAAAUUAUGAGUCUCCGCUCGAAUAUUUGAAUUCUUUUUUCUUUCGAAGGACUUGCACCAGCAUUUUGUCUUUCGGCUAAUGUGGUCGCAAACCAUGAUACCAACUGGCCUUUGGCCUCCUUUGUGUUGUCAACUAUUGUUCGUAUCCUACUGAUAACAUUAUCUGUGACUAAGGG